AUGACGUCCCCCAGGACAGUCAAGGAAGUUCAAAAACUCACCGGAAGGAUAGCGGCUUUAAACAGGUUCGUCUCUAGGGCCACAGACAAAUGCCUGCCCUUCUUUAAGACCUUGAAGCAGGCCUUUGCUUGGACUGACGAGUGCGAAGCGGCUUUCCAAGAACUGAAGCAAUAUCUGAGCAGCUCGCCUCUUCUAAACCCGUCCAAAGAAGGAGAAAACCUAUACCUGUACUUGGUGGUGUCAGCCUCGGCAGUGAGUGCAGCUUUUAUUAGAGAAGAAGGCAAGAAGCAACUCCCGGUCUACUACAUCAGCCAAGCCUUCCAAGGAGCUGAAUUCAGAUACCCAAGAAUCGAAAAGAUUGCGUUUGCACUAAUAGUAGCCUCGCGCAAGCUCAGGCAAUAUUUCCAGUCAAAUCCUAUCCUUGUGAUGACGGAUCAACCAAUCAAGAAAUCAAUGAACAAACCAGAAGCAGCAGGGAGAAUGGUCCAAUGGGCAAUUGAACUUAGUCAAUUUGACAUCGAGUACCAUCCAAGAACUGCUAUCAAGGCGCAAGCUCUGGCCGACUUCAUCGCUGAAUUCACUCUCCCAGACGAAGAUGGAAUUCCUGACGGGGUUGAUAAAUGGACAAUACAGACAGAUGGUUCGUCAGUCAAAAAGAAGGGGGGAGUAGGGGUCGUCAUAACCACCCCCGACGGAGAAGUGAUGAAAUAUGGGGUCCAACUAAAGUUCCCAGCUACGAAUAAUGAAGCCGAGUAUGAAGGAAUACUGACGGGCCUGAGGCUUGGGAAAGCUCUUGAUGCCAAAAACUUGUUGAUCCAGAGUGAUUCAAAACUGGAGUUCGAUACAGUGGAGUUCGUACAGAUCCCAAGAAGCCGGAAUAUGGGGGCUGAUGAAGUGUCAAAACUAGCAUCAUCAGAAGAAGGGAGGAUGACCAUGGACUUGGCAAUAGAGGUCCAUAAACGCCCUAGUAUUGAAGAGGUUGCAGUGUUCACCCUCCAGAGCACAGACACCUGGAUGACGCCCAUAAUGUCUUUCCUCCAAGACGGGCACCUCCCUCAAAACACAAAAGAAGCCAGAAAGGUCAAGAAGGGAGCAGCCAGAUUCACGAUCCUGAAUGACGUCUUAUACAAGAGAGGCUUCUCUAUGCCUUACUUGAAGUGCGUCGACGAGGAAGAGGCCAAAUAG